UGCGAUGGCGCGUGCGAAUCAGUGAGUGAGUACGGUCGAUUCAAGCCCAACCCCCUCAAAUCAACAAAAUGAGCCCUAGAGAGAGAAAGGGCGAGAUUUCUAGAGAGAGAAACACAGACUUCUAGAGAGAGAAGCGCAAACCCUAAUCCUAGCCCUAACAGCACCGACAUCGAGAGCAAUUCGGACUCGGAUCCGCAUGAAAUACACCCUAACCCUAGAAAAUUCAUGGAUAAAUUCCCCUUCCAAAUCUGAAUGGAAACCCUAACCCUAAACCUAGCCGGAUCGCCCCAGCAUGGCUUCUUUGGGAUCCUCUGGUUUUCCAUCUUCUUCGCCGGAGGCUGAGCCGCUUGGUUGAUUAGCAUUGUUUUUGUGUUGAUUAGGUAGGGUUUUGUGCUAUUGUAGAGAGGGAAAAUUGGUUUUUUAGAGAGACGGAGCGUGCUCUUUUUACACAGAGAAAGUUGGGUGUAGAGAGAGGGAGAUGGGGAGUUCGGGAUCGGGUGUGGUCGAUUCCAGCGUGGGGACAAUCGUGUGGGUGCGGAGGAGGAACGGGUCGUGGUGGCCCGGGAAAAUACUUGGACCCGAUGAGCUCUCGGCUUCUCAUCUCAUGUCACCGCGAUCCGGCACUCCGGUCAAGCUUCUCGGAAGAGAGGAUGCUAGUGUGGAUUGGUAUAAUUUGGAGAAAUCUAAGCGUGUAAAGGCAUUUCGAUGUGGUGAAUUUGAUGAUUGUAUCGAAAGGGCCGAAUCCUCACAGGGCAUCCCGAUAAAGAAAAGAGAGAAAUAUGCACGUCGAGAAGAUGCUAUUCUUCACGCUCUUGAACUUGAGAAGCAACAGCUGGCAAAGAAACAGGGGAAAUUAGGUAUUGCUUCUGAUUGUACAAGUAGUAAAUCAUGUAAUGCUGUAAAAAAAGAGUUAGUUACAUCUUCAGAAAGUUUGGGUAAUGAAAAUGGAAAACUUGGAAUCUCCAAAUCACAACAACUUUCUAAGAGACUAGAUUCAACUAAUAAGGAUGAUAUAAUGGGAAAUCCUUUGUAUUCACAAAAAGCCAAAGAGGGAAGUCAAAUCAACUGGGAAGAUGAUACAUUGGAUGUUAUACCUCGGAUGAGAGGCUUGCAAGACUUUGGACUCAGGACUGCCCCUUCAAAGAGAAAGCUUUCUUCUGCUGUUUCAAAUGGUUCUCGAAAACAGGCAGUUGAUAAUGCUCAAGCUAUUCCUAGUAGCAGUGUUGGCAUGGGAAGUAUAACUCAUGCAAGCAGCAAAAGUUCUAUAGACAAAAGGAAAAGGUUAUAUGAGGGAUUGACAGAGGAAUCACUUGUCAAGAGGCGUGAUAGGCGCCGUCCUCUUGUUCAAGUGUUGCAGAAUACCGAAAAAUUACCAGUCCCUCACCUGUUGCAAACUGAAAGUGGCACUGUUUCCUCUAUUGCAGAAGCGGAGCAGAUGGGAAGUGUUUUCCGGGCAAAGAGGAGCAGAUGUGUGUACUUGCCAUCUGAGUCUGAUGAUCGUUUGGAAUAUAAAGAAAUUCCUCCAAGUGAGAUGGAGCUGUCACCUUCCCAGUUUGGAGACAGUAAUAAUCAUCCUCAUCCUAGUUCUUUGACUGAAGAGAACACUUCUGAAUUUAUGGAAGGUUCUGAAUCAGAUUCUUCUGAGACUGAAGCAGAUACUGAUGCAGAGAUGACCGAACUUGCAGAGACUGUUGCACCAGCAGAAGCAGAAGCUGAAGCAAAAGCUCUUGGAAAACCUGUAGUGCCUGGGGAAGAUGGAAGCAUGAGCAGUGAGGAGCCUGAUGAGUCUGCACUUACUGGUGACUUGUCUCACCUGCACCCUCAUGACCCUGUUUCUGCUAGUGUGGGGGUUUCCAAAUGGCAACUGAAAGGGAAAAGGAACAUGCGCAAUCUCACUAAAAGAUCUGCAGAAGUAGUUGAUGGAAAAGUUUCAAAUGGAUCCAUUCAUAAACCAUAUCUAGAGGAAAAUGGAAACACGAUGGGCCAAAGGACUUUGGGGCAGAGUAUGAUGUUCCAUCAUAGCAGCAAUGAUUUUGACAAUGAUCUUCAUGAGGCUGAUUUAAUUGAGAAGGAUUUUGGGACCCAAAUGGCUGGAUUGGAUGGCAGGGGAUACUCAUUAACAUCAAAAACUGCACCUAGAGCUCGAAAUAUGAUUGAUUGGGAGGAAUUGACUUGGGAAGAUCAGCCUGCUUUGAAAGGAUACUGGGAGGACACAGGUGAGUGCUUUGAUCCCAUAUUUGUUGGCCGUCAUAACCCUGCUGGUAGGAUCAAAACCACACUGGUGGAUGUGGAUUUGAGGGUUCAAACAAAUUAUCAACGAGAGCAUGUCCCUAUUAUUUCGCUGAUGAGUCGGUUAAAUGAUAAGUCAAUAGUAGGGCAUCCAAUCCAAAUCGAAGCACUGGAAGAUGGUUCAUCUGAAAUGCUUCUUUCUUCAAAUGAGGAUUUCGGCAAUGAUGUGUUCGAUAAUGACAGAAAUAGAGCAAUUCCACCAGUUUGGAGAACUGCCCGAAGGACAGCCAAUUUCCGUGUUCCCCGCCCUCAUCCAUCAUCAGCACUGGAUGGUGACGAAGCUGUGGAAGAUCUCCCUUUUUUGGAUCAAGGAAGAAAGUCAACAUAUAAGAAAUCAAAUGCAGGGAAUUCUGGUCACAAAGGAAGCAUUAUGAGGAAAAGCCUCCCUCACAUUCCCCGGCCUCCAACAGACCGAAAGUUCCCUAGAAAGAUGCCAAAGAUGGUAAGUUUAUCUUCUAGCCAAAAAACAAGGACUCUGUCUUCAAUUGCCAUUGAACAGAAACAUGGUAACAGGCCAAAACAUGACAGCCACAGUUAUAAAAUGGAUGGGUUGAUCAAACAGGAGUCGUCUGGGCCCACUGCAGUUGCUUGCAUACCUAUCAAACUAGUAUUUAGUAGGUUAAAUGAGUCAGUUUGUAGACCGCCAUCAAGAGCAACUAGUAAUGUGGUUUCGGUGAAUGGUGAUCCGGAGAAAAAUCCAUCAUAGACUAGUAAACUACAUGUAAAGUGUUAUAUGGGAUCAAUAAUGUUAUACAGCCAAUGCAUCAAUUGUUGCUAUUUUUUUCCCAACUAAAGCAUGCCCACCCCAGCCCUUAUAAUCGAGCCAGCAUCUUGAGGGUGAAGAUUUCUGUCUGCCUUGAAUAAUCUGAUGAUUAGCAGGUAACAAGAGAAACCAUUUGUGCAGCGAACUUGGGUCAAGACGAAGCUCUUUAGGAUUCGCCAAGUCACUGACCCAAUAACGCUGCAGUUAGUGGGUUUCUGAGGAACGUGGAGCAGAUGAAGAUAGUAAGUUGUUCAUUAGCCAGAUUACAUCGAUGGAAAAGUAGGUACCUUGAAAUUCACAUCGAUGGUUGUACAUUCAGUUUCAUUUUCGUAUAAGCUUUAUGUAUUUUCAAGCUGUUUCCUCUCUUUUCUAAUUUAAAUAUAUAGAGGAACCUGGGUUAGUAGGGAUCGCUAUAGAGAUGCUAUUUUGGGGUGUUUUCAAUAAUCAUCAGAUGAACCUGGAGCUGAAACAUCGCCUGCUGCUUGACUAUUUUACUCAUGUUAAGUAGGUACUCCGAAUCUUUACCUUGUAAUGUUCUCGGUAACCCAAAUGUGAAGCAAAAUACUAGUCUUAAGAACAUUUAUGCAACAGGUUGAGAGGAUGGGAAAUAUAGGUAUUGUAUAUUUUGUUUUC